AUGAUACAACAAAACUUAUCAACUGAAUUAGGUUGGUUAAAUCAAUCUCAUCCUUAUAAACCAUUAGAAUCUCAAUUAAAUAUUAUAUUAAAAAAAUAUCCAAAUUUAUUAAAUAAUCAACAAAAUAUGAAAACCCCAUCCCAUUUUCAAAUUCAUAAUAUAAAUAGUUCAAAUAAAGAAAAUCAACUACCUAAACAAUCUCAUAAUACUCGAAUUCAAUCUCAAUUAAGGAGAAAUAAUCGAUCUGAACUACCUUUAAGAAAUUUACCAAAUCAAUCUCAAUUACCGUCAACAACUCUACAAAUUAAUAAUUGUCAACCAAAUACAAAUACAAAUACCAUAGAUGAUAUAGUCGAUUUGACUUUUGAUACAACUAGUCCUAUUAUAAAUAAAGCUUCAACCUCUUUACAAAAAACUCCUACUCAUAGUUUAAAUAAAACAUCAUUCAAUAGAUCUGCUAGAGAUGGUAUUAAUUCAUUAAUAAAUAGCCCUUUCAUAUCAAGCUCAAGAGUCAAACGCGUUGGAGAUAAUGAACCAAUUUUCAACUCAAAACGUCGGAAGUUACCUCAAUUAUCAUUAGAUAAAUGUCAUCAAUUAAUAACAUUACAACAACAAAAAAUUGAACUACUAGAACACAAGAUUAAGAUUGGUGAUAGUACAUCAUUAUCAUUAGAUUCAAAAGUCGAUAUUUUUAAAGACUUAGAAUCUGAAAUAAAAGAAAUUGAAGUGAAAAUUAGAAGUUGCUAUGAAAUUGAUGAACCAACAAUACAAUCCAUUGCAGGAGCAGAUAAUCAAAUAGAGAAUGCAAGAAAUAUUAAUAAAAAUGUGCAUUCCGAUAACGAGCAUUCUGAAUUAGAAGACAAUUUUGAAAAUGCUGAACUAGAGGGAUUAUUAACUCCCACACAAGAUAGAGAAGAUGGAGAAGAUGAUGAUGAAUUAAAAGAUUUUAUAGAUGAUAAGUCAGAUAGUGAUUUUGAUGAUUACGAACCACCAGUUGCAGAUUCUGAAGAUGAAUUGGAAAAUAUUCGGUUGUCAGCAGAUACAGCAACGAAAAUGGGUAUUAAUUAUAAUAAUGAAGUAAUCGAGGAAGAUGACAUUGAAACGGAUUUUACUCAAUUAAAUGUAGAAAGAGAAAUUGAUUAUAUUGAAAUUUCAGACUCUUCAGAUUCAGAAGAUUUAGAUUUAAAUGAUAACUUAAGAUCAGAAGAAUUACUUAAAAAAAUUACACAAUAUAAAUAUAAGGAAGAAGAUAAUAAAAUUGACUUAUCAAGCUCACCAAGAGUAGUGGAAUCAGAAGAUGAUUUCUCUGAUGAUGAAGAUUUAUUCACAUUAAUGAGUAAACCGAAAGUGAUUCCUGGUUCUGAACCCUUCAUUGAUGAAGUAUAUAGUGUACUUCAGAAGGUUUUUAAUUUAAAAACAUUCAGAAGCAACCAGUUGGAAGCUAUAACUUCUACAUUGUUGGGUAAAGAUACUUUUGUUCUUAUGCCUACUGGAGGUGGGAAAUCAUUGUGUUAUCAAUUACCUGCAUUAAUUCAAGGUGGAAAAACAAAAGGAACAACUAUUGUUAUAUCUCCAUUGAUUUCACUAAUGCAAGACCAAGUUUCUCACCUUUUAAAUAAGAACAUAAAGGCCGGGAUGAUCUCAUCUAAAGCAGAUCAUUCUGAAAAUAAAAAUAAUUUACAUCUAUUUAGAGAAAACCUAUUAGAUAUUGUGUACUUUUCACCUGAAAAAGUAAACAAAUCUAAUAUGAUUAAAAAGAUUAUUAGUAAAUUAUAUCAAAAUGGGGAAUUAGCUAGAGUUGUCAUAGAUGAAGCUCAUUGUUUAAGCUCUUGGGGUCAUGAUUUUCGUCCUGAUUAUAAAGGUAUGAGUUUUUUUAAAGAAAAAUUUCCAAAUGUUCCUGUUAUGGCAUUAACUGCAACUGCAAAUGAAAAAGUAACGAUGGAUGUAAUUCAUCAUUUGAAAAUGGACAACCCUAAAUUUUUGAAACAAAGUUUUAAUAGAAUAAAUUUAUACUAUGAAAUUAAAUGGAAAACAGGUAAUUUUAUUGAAUUAAUUAAAGAUUAUAUCGAAACAAAAUAUAAAGAUAAAACUGGUAUAAUUUAUUGUCAUUCUAAAAAUUCAUGCGAACAAACUUCAGCAAAAUUGGCAAGUUUUGGUAUUAAAUGUUCAUUUUAUCAUGCUGGUAUGAGUCCUGAAGAUAGAUUUGAAAUUCAAAAUAAUUGGCAACAAGGUAAAAUUCUAGUAAUUUGUGCUACGAUUGCAUUUGGUAUGGGUAUUGAUAAAAGUGAUGUUAGAUUUGUUAUUCAUUCAUUUAUUCCUAGAUCUUUAGAAGGUUAUUAUCAAGAAACUGGUAGAGCUGGUAGAGAUGGUGAAAAAUCUGAAUGUAUUUUGUUUUAUUCAUAUAAAGAUGCAAGAUCUUUACAAGGUAUGAUUCAAAGAGAUCCUGAUCUUGAUGAUGAUGGUAAAGAAUCUCAUUUAUCAAAAUUAAGACAAGUUGUUCAAUAUUGUGAAAAUAAAACUGAUUGUAGAAGAAAAUUAGUUUUACAAUAUUUUAAUGAAUCAUUUGAUCCAAAAAAUUGUGGAAAACAAUGUGAUAAUUGUAAAAAUUUUAAUCAUAUAACUGUAAUUGAGAAAGAUGUAACUGAAUAUGCCAAAGAUAUAAUUAAAUUAGUUAAAUCAAUUCAAAAGCAAAAGGUUACAAUUUUACAUUGUCAAGAUGUUUUUAAAGGUUUAAAUCAUUCUAAAAUUGUUAAAAUGCGUCAUAAUACUAAUGAAUAUCAUGGUAAAGGUAAGAGUUUAGAUCGUACUGAUAUUGAAAGAAUAUUUUUUUAUUUGUUAUCUGAACAAUGCUUACAAGAAUAUCAAUUGAUGAAAUCUGGUUUUGCUUCAACUUAUGUUUCAACAGGUAAAAAUGCAAAUUUGGUAUUAAAUGGAAGGAAAAUUAUAAAGAUUAGAUUUCAUAAAUAG